UGCGACUCCAGCUGAGCUGAAAGGUGCGAGAGAUUUGAAAAUUCAGUGUCUCCUUUAAUAUUUUGAUGUUCGACUCGUUGGAAAAGAGCCAAUGAUUCCUUUUGCUCGGGAAUGAUGAUCGGUACACCAUAGAACAUUCUUGGAUAUACCACGAAAACAUAUUUUUCUGUGUGAGGUGCACCAAAACAGUUAAAUCAGCAUUAUGUAUUCUCGCAGAUCUGGGAUGUUAUAUGAAUAUCCGACGAGAGUCGAAGGAUGGCUUAAUACAAUCGACAAAGAAGCUCUGGUAGGACGUCUCAAAAAUAACAGAUGGCGCCACUGCAAAUCGCAGCCAAUUAGUUGGAAACCUUAUUAUUGUGUUCUUCUACAAGAUGAUCGAAGUUUCACUCAUUUUCCAACAGAAGAAAUGAGCGACUGGAGGUGUAAUUUGAGGCAGUGGUCCCCAACAUUUUGCCAUGCUGAGACCCCUUUUGUGCCAAAGAAAACUGACCAGUCCCAAGCGGUUUUCACCCCCGUCCCGCCUCCAGGCUGCCGUAUUGGGGAACGCCUUUUUCUUGAGUUGCCCCGCGUGCGGCUAGACGGCGGUCGUCAGGCAUUCCGUCGUCGGUGGGGUUAUGACAUGGGCGUCCCGUCUGUGCCAGAGGAAGACGAAGACAGCAGCGAGCUCUCCGAAACCACCUCUCUUCGAGACGAGAGACUGCUCAGGUUCUCUUCCAUGGGUAAGUAUUAUUUCAUAUUCGUUCCGAUAGAUGGCAGCACAGGAUAG